UAAAUACCAAGUAAAUAAUGAUAGAAGCACAGUUUGUACAGACCUUUCUUACCAAGUUACAUAGUGAGAACAAUGAAAUCUUUCAUCGUUUUAUUCGCCCUCGUGGCGGUGGCAGUCGCCAACCCCUUACCCCUGGUGCAGCUGAUCAUCAACAUCGACGCCUCCAGCAGCCCCGCCGGCCAACCGGAGGUGUCUCCCAGUCCCGUCGUGGUGCCCCCAGUGGUCGAACCAAGCCCCGUGAUCGUUGUUCCUAACCCCAUCCUUCCUUCUCCAAUUAUUGAUCCGAGCCCAGUCAUCGUCGUCCCUAACCCGUCACUUCCCAGCCCAGUGAUCGAGCCCGAGAUUAUCCCUGAACCAGUGGUUCUCCCAAGCCCUGUGCUUCCCGAAGUGAUCGUUCCUGAGCCCGUUGUCCUUCCAAGCCCUGAACUUCCUGAGGUCAUCAUUCCCGAACCUGUGGUGAACCUCCCCGAAACCCUCAACUAAGAUACCAUUACGAUAGCCUUGUCAAUUCAUCUCACAUUCUAUUCUCAUAUUUGUUGGAAAUUAUUACACGGGAUGAGAACGAUGGUUAUGAGAUGUUUUGGCGACCGUAAUAUAAACUGGACAAAGUACACUUUUUAAAUAUAUCAGCAUUUAGUAUA